AUGGCCGUCAAAGCAGUGAUCCCAUUCCUGGUGGGAAUGAUGCUGUUGACCGGAUGUUCUAAUACGCUGCUCACCAAGUAUCAAGACCAACAAUGCGUACGAAACUGUGAUAGCAACAACCCGAAGAACCACAGGACCUUUGAACAGCCGGUCAUCCAAACCGUACAAAUGUUUAUAGGGGAGUCGGGUUGUUGGCUCGUCAUACUGGGUUUCUACCUGUACCGCUAUUUUGUCCUGCGAUCCAAAGAUGCUCCAUUACUCUACCAGCCAGUCAGCACAGAGGAUGUGGACGACCACGAUACCGGCCGGCCCAGCUCUCACGGUGCCGCUGUCGACCCUGCGCUGAAACCCCUUGUCCCGAAUGCAGACAACAGGGCUUCUCUGAAAGGUUGGAAACUGGUCUUGUUGGGCCUUCCUGCAUGUUGCGAUAUCACGGGCACGACCUUGAUGAACGUUGGCCUCUUGUUUGUGGCAGCUUCUAUAUACCAGAUGACAAGAGGUGCAUUGGUGCUAUUUGUUGGACUGUUCAGUGUCCUGUUCUUGAAGAGAAAGCUCUAUCUAUACCAUUGGUUCUCGUUGGUAAUUGUCGUUUUGGGCGUUGCAUUGGUGGGACUUGCUGGAGCGAUUUAUACGGGGGACAGAAACUCUCCGGCGCCUAAGGAAACCAAUCUUGAGCUGGUGCGCACCAUGGUGUUGGCUGCUCGACAGGUGGCGGUCGAAGCAGCGGAUCCCGCCGUCGUGCGCACUAUCGUCGGCAUCUUCCUCAUCGCCUUCGCGCAAAUCUUCACGGCUACGCAGUUCUGCCUGGAAGAAUGGAUUCUGGAAAAUUAUGCUUUGGAACCUUUAAAAGUUGUUGCAUGGGAAGGUUUGUUCGGCUUGAUCGUCACUGUCUUGCUGCAGGUCAUCCUCCAUUUCACAGUUGGCGUUUCCAAAGCGGGCAAGUACGGGUAUUUCGACGCCGCGGAGGGCUACCAUCAAGUCUUUACCAACCGUGCAAUCGGCAUUUCAAGUCUUGCAAUUAUGGUCUCAAUUGGUGGCUUCAACUUUUUUGGACUCUCGGUAACCCGAAGCAUCUCAGCUACGUCUCGGUCGAUUAUCGAUACUUGUCGUACUCUGUUCAUCUGGAUUGUAUCCUUGGGCCUCGGCUGGGAAACCUUCAAAUGGCUCCAAGUGGUGGGCUUUGCAUUGCUCGUAUACGGCACCUUCAUGUUCAACGACCUCGUUCGACCACCGAUCAAAGCUCUCCUCCCUGCGAGGGACGAAGCCGAACGAGAGGAACUUCUGCCAGAAGAGCCAAUUGAGCAUAUGUAG